UAAAAUAUCAGAAAGAGGGUAUUAUGUGAGUCAGUGUAAAGUGGUAAGGGUAGGAUAUUUAACCCUGAUUAUGACCACAUUGUCUUAAAAAUAGAACAGAGAAAGAAUAGUUCAUUAUUAAUUAUCAAAAUGCUUUACUGAGAUUAUAAAAAAAUAACUGAAGCAUGCAUGUAGAGAUAUUUGAGAUGGGCUCUUGUCAGUGUGUACAACAGCUGCCGUAUUUGUAAAACUGAGUCACAGCGCUUUGUUCAACACAAUCUGCAGCUCUUCUCUCAUUUCCCUUCCCUAAGAACCCCUGGAUGUGCCAGUGCCAGUCAGCUGCUCUGUGGACCUCCGGAGACCAGGGGAAUUAUGAGAUUAAGCAUUUUUGAGACUUGUCGACUUGUCAUCAUGUCAACGCUCUCGGCAGAGACGGGCCCUGAGGAUGUCAACAAUCAGAGCUUCUGGAUGCCAGGGAACUACCACCAGACAGUGAAGAGGACCGAAGACGCAUUCCAGGCAUGUAAUGAUAUAGUGGCGUGUUUCCAGGAGAGGGCCAGGGUCGAGAGACAGUACGCGCAGCAACUUAGUGAGUGGAGUACCAAGUGGAAACCUCUAGUGGAUGCUAGUCCUCUCUACGGCUCUCUGUUACGAGCCUGGCAGUGCUUCCUCUCUUCUGCUGACCGCCUCUCGUCACUGCACUCCUCCAUCUGUCGUUCUCUGGUGUCAGAGGACGGAGAUCGCAUCCGGACAUGGCAGAAGGAGACUUUCCAUAAGAAGAUAUUUGGAGGUUUCAAGGAGUCCCAGGAUUUCGAAACUGGUUUCUCACGUGCUCAGAAGCCCUGGGCCAAGAGACUGAAGAAGCUAGAGAAGGCUAAGUCAGCGUUUCACAAAGCUUGCCGUAAGGAACACAUGGCUCGUGAGCGGGAGGCCCAUGCCCAGGGCAACCCUGACAUCGCCAUCGAGAAACAGAGGAAGAUCCAGGAAGAGACUGAACUGGCUCACCAGGAGACAGAGAAGGUUCGAGCCCGCUAUGAGAAGGUUCUUGAGGAAGUGACCCGUUAUGCUCCACGCUACAUGGAGGAAAUGGAGUCGAUCUUUGACCAAUCGCAGGAGGAGGAGAGAAAGAGGAUAAGCUUCCUCAAACAGGCUUUCCUGUCCAUCCACAGACACUUGGAUAUCACCAACAACGAGAGUGUAAAAGCAGUGUACAAUGAGCUCCACAACACUCUGAUGUCCAUCAGCGAUCAGGAAGAUUUGCGCUGGUGGAAGAAUACACACGGGCCAGGAAUGCCCACCGACUGGCCUCAGUUUCAGGAGUGGACUCCAGACAAGAAGCAUAAAAAGGGAAAGAAGGAGGUGGAGCAGAAAGCAGUAGUGAUGGAGAGAAGUGUAAUGAUUGGAGGAGUGAGAGUCAGAGCUCUUUAUGACUACGCUGGACAGGAGACGGAUGAACUGUCCUUCAAAGCAGGGGAGGAGUUUCUGAAGAUCGAGGAUGAGGAUGAUCAGGGUUGGUGCAGAGGCAUGAUGGACGGAGGGAAACAGGGCCUUUACCCUGCUAACUACGUGGAGGUGGUAUAAAACCAACAGAACAGCAUCGAGCUCCAGCUCUGGGGUCCAUAAUGCCUACAGAGUGUCCAGGUUUAAGCCUGCUUCACAGCCAUUUUUAUUGAAGACUGCUUUGUUUUCUGUGAACGGAUGGUACACCGGUAAAGGUUUAGAGUUGUAUUGAGUGCGUUAAGUUGGGAUCAGAAUGAGAAAAUGUUUCCAAAGUUCUUUCACUACG